AAAAGAGCAUUUAUAUACAUGGUUGGUGUGGGGAAAUUGAAAUAGCCAAACAGGUCAUACACAAACCCUGAAAAUCACUGACACAGUUUCCCUACCUAAAUUCCUAAAGGGUGGAGCUGUCCGUAUCAGAAACUGUAUUUCUUGUUGGUUGGGUUUUUGAGUUUCAGUUUCAGGCUUCAAUGGACAAGUCUCAGAAUAAGAAGCACGUCGUCCUCUUCUACUGCGCAGAAUGUGAAGACCUUGCCCGCAAGGUUGCCUCUCAGUCUGACCUCAUUACCCUCCAGACAAUCAAAUGGAGAAAUUUCGAUGAUGGAUUUCCAAACAUUUUUAUAAACAAUGCACAAGACCUUAGAGGUCAACAUGUUGCAUUCUUGGCAUCCUUCAGCUCCCAAGGAGUCAUCUUUGAACAGCUUUCUGUAAUAUACGCACUUCCGCGGCUGUUUGUUGCCUCCUUCACUGUAGUAUUGCCUUUCUUUCCAACUGGUUCGUUUGAGCGAAUGGAAGAAGAAGGGGAUGUGGCCACUGCAUUUACCAUGGCAAGAAUGUUGUCAAACAUUCCCAUCUCAAGAGGUGGACCAACUAGCUUAGUCAUUUAUGAUAUACAUGCCUUGCAGGAAAGGUUUUACUUUGGAGACCAUGUUCUUCCUUUGUUUGAGACUGGUAUUCCUUUGUUAAAGCAACGUCUACACCAGCUUCCUGACUCUGACAAGAUAGUCGUUGCAUUUCCUGAUGAUGGUGCUUGGAAGCGAUUUCACAAGCAGUUGGAUCAUUUUCCCGCGGUGGUAUGCAAUAAGGUUCGUGAAGGCAAUAAAAGAAUAGUCCGGCUGAAGGAGGGAAAUCCUGCUGGCUGCCAUGUAGUCAUUGUUGACGAUUUGGUCCAAUCAGGAGGCACCCUGAUUGAAUGCCAGCAUGGAUACAUCUCAGAUAUGCAGUGCAAAGUACAUAAAUGUGAAAGCUGAUCUGUGUUGAGCUGGCUUGACAUGCAUGGUUGGGUCUCCUUUUUUAAUAGCUUAAGCUUUUGGGUUAUACUAACUGAACAUGGUAUUAGAAUAUUGGUUUUCUAUUAUUUUAGAUCGGGCAUGAAGAUAAAAAGGAGGCCAGACCAUAUAGCUAGCUCUAUAUUGGUGGCGAUCACCCAUUCUUCCACUUCCAAAAUAUAUAUCAAAAUAACUAAAAAUUGUCACAAGUUGGUGCUUCUAGGAUUUGAGCAUUCUCAAGGUGAUAAAACUGUAAAUGGCUUCCAACUGUACAUGAUCAUGAUGGGCAUCAAUCAAUCCAAUGCAUUUAUUUGGUUGAACUUGAAUCACAUAACUCUGCAUCUUCAAUAAUUAAGCAGAAAUGAGACCAAAAACAUUCAAAAACCUAUUCUUCUAGGAAACUAAA